AUGAAAGCGUGGCUGAGAAUAAGUCUGAUAUUGUGCCUCUUCGGCACUUUACGCGAAAUUCGACCUUCGGAACCGUUCGUCACAGAGUUCCUUCUGGGAGAAUGGCGGAAUAUCACCGAAGAACAGUUGAACCAGCAAGUGUACCCUGUAGGAACCUACUCGUACUUAGCACAACUCGUCGUUAUAUUCUUGAUCACAGACUUCUUGAGGUUUAAACCUGUGAUAAUUCUAUCAGGUUUAAGUGGUAUAUCGGUGUAUGCAGUUUUGCUAUGGACAUCCAGCUUAGAAUGGCUUCAAGUAUCCCAAUUUUUAUAUGGGAUGUACAUGGCUACAGAGGUGGCGUACCUCACUUACAUUUACGCAAAGGUAGACUCCUCCAAAUACGCGCGGGUGUCGUCCUACACCCGCAUUGCGGCGCUGACCGGCCGCUUCGUGUCCGGAGUCAGCUCGCAACUGCUCACACAUUUCCAGCUUAUGGACUUUCGGGACCUCAACUACAUCACUUUUACAGCUCAGAUCCUGGCUACGUUCUGGGCGUUCUGGCUGCCGCCAGUCCAAUACAGCAUCUACUUCCAUCGGAGAGGUUCUGUGGCACACGCCGCACGGAUCAGUAUGACAACAGAGAAACAUCAGCAAAACUCACCUAAUAAGAAACAAUUCCGCAAGAACCUACUAGAAGCGUCGAGCCUGAUAAUCAAGCACGCUCGCUCGGCCUACACGCGGCCCAAGGUGCUUGCCUGGUCAGCGCUAUACGCGGCGUCGUUAGCGCUCUUCGUUCAAGCGCAGACCUACGUCCAACUGCUGUGGAAGUUCAUACAAGACGAGAGCGAUAACCCUGUGACCUACAACGGUGCAGUGGAAGCGGCUCAAACACUGCUAGGCGCGGGCGGCGCGCUUGCAGCCUCCACGCUAUCCCACGCGUGGCUGCCCGCGCCCGCCGCCGCUAUACAAGCCGCCGCCAUGUUUGCAGCAGCGUACGUGGCUAAUGUAUACGUGUCGUAUGUCGGAUACAUCGUCAUGGGCAUGAUGUUCCAUUACACUAUCACUUUGGCUAGCGCCAAAAUAGCCGGCCAACUGACCGACGAGAGCUGUUUUGGGCUAAUCUUCGGCAUCAACACACUUUUCGGCACGGGACUGCAAGCGUUGCUGACGCUUACUCUGGUGCAAUCGCUGACACUGCCCAUCGCAGAUCAGUACCUCGUGCUCAGCGUAAUGUGGCUCAUACUGGCGCUAAUGUGGCUAUUGGGCUGGCUGUUCGCUCGCCAGUCGGCGCCUACUAUCGAUAAUCGGUAGUCCAGGAUAUCAAGAGCAUCGAUAGUAUUAACCGGUAGCGCGACAGCGAAAAAAUCAACACACAUCUCUGCGUUUCGCCGAUAGAAUACAUCGGAGCAGUAUGAUCGAUAAUAUAUCAUCGCGGCGUUUACUUCACUAUGUUGCUAUUAGCCUAUUAUGUUGAAGUAAAUGCUAAGUGUUAGAGAUUCAAAGAUUUAUUCACAGAGCUAGUGUGGUACCAAAGUGGUUUUUAUAAUAAAGAAAAGUGCUGCUUAUCUCACCAGCACAGCUGGCAUAUUAGUCAAUUUAAAUAAUAUAAAUGAACAAAACUACUUAAUCAAAGCAAAGCUAUAUACAAUGACAGAUACUAACAACACACAAUUAUGACUUCUCUUUUUACAAAACUGCACAGUGGCCUGAAACAAAGAUAAAGUCUACAAGUAGAUUUAAGUAUGCACAGUGCCAUUUUUAAACACUUUAUCAAAUCAUAGUGAGAUAAUCCAUUGGUUAGACUUACAUAGUUGUGCAUUUAAUUUUUACUUAAAUUAAUUGUAAGCUUGUCAGUUACAUUUCAACUAUGAUAUUAUGGAACCACCACAUCAAAACUAGUCCUAUGUUUUGACAAAUAUUUUCGAAAACUACAUGUAGCAUGUCAUUUAGGUUGAAAGGUUAUUUUAGAACUAAUAAAUAUUUAAGUACUUCAUAUUCAUUUAGUAUUAUUGAGGUCUGGAAAGAAUAAAGAUUAUUUAAUAAAAAUGUAUAGCUUUAAUUAAUAUAGUAGUAGUAAUCCAGCUACUAAUACUAUAGUGACCAAUAUUUGUAACUUUUCCAUUUAUGUAUAAUACUUUUAUGUAUUGUUAUACCACUUAAACACUGAUUAACAGUAAUUAAACCAAGUUUACUUUUGUAUGUUGUUGUCUAUUGUUGGAUUCUAAAAUAUGUUGGAACACAAUAUGCAUAUUGCAUACUACUGUAGUUUUGUAAAAAAUAUUGUUCGUUAGAUUUCCUUUAAUGUUAAAUGCAAAGUACUUAUGUUUGUAAAAAAAAUAGAUAUAAGGUAAAAGUCCAUGUACUUAAGUAUUUCUAUUAUUUUAAUUGUUCUAUUUGACCAAUAAACAAGAUAAACCUAUA